GCUGAAUCGCCUGCAGUAGGACGAGUGCUUGUAUUUGUGAACCCAAACUCGGGCUCUGGGAAGGGUUUAGCAACGUUACGCGGCCGUGUUGAACCGCUAUUGAAGAAGAAUCAUAUCGACUACGAUGUUAUCAUUACCAACGGUCCAAAUCACGCAAAAUCGGUGGUUCGAUCACGAGACGACCUUGGCAAGUACAACGGCGUGAUCAUUCUAUCCGGUGACGGCCUCGUAUUUGAGGUGUUAAAUGGAUUCACUGAACGACCAGAUGCUGCCAGUAUCAUACCAUCGUUGCCGAUCGGCAUUGUGCCAAGCGGAUCAGGCAAUGGCCUGCUUUCGUCGUUGUUCUACAGUCGAGGUGAGCCACUGAGAAAUCCCAAGUUCACCGAACGAGCUAUCGAUGUCAGUUGUUCUCCUGGAGCACAUUCGCAGCCGUGCUGA